AUGCGUUCCACAUCUGUACACAAAUUGCGUGCUCUGCUUUCUCAAUGGACGUGCAUCACACAUAUCCACUGUUACGGUGUUGGAGAAGCCGAUAUUCUUGACGACGUAAAAGAAGAGCUUGUUAAACUACAAAAGGCAGACAAAUUUUCUUUCUACGUGGUCGUGAAUUGUUUUCUGGUGAAUGGUUCUUUCAAAUUGCUUGUCGACGAAAUUUUACGAGAACUGAAUCUGCAACAUGACGGCAAGGUGAACACUAUCAAUGCGCUGGCGGUUUUCUUGGGAAAGCACCUUUUUUCCGCAAAAAGACACGUCAAACUUACCAUUGUUCUUGAUCAAGCACAUUG